UGUCUUUCCUCCUUCCAGUGCCCGGCUUUUCUCCCCUCCCCCUUGCCGCGGACCGAAUUUUUCCUUUUCAGACCGAGUCGCCUUGUCGCCGCGGAUAUUUUCCUGCUACUGCUGCUGCUGCCGCCGCCACUACCAUUGAGCUCAUUUGCCCCGACCCCUUCCCGCCGCCCCGCCCCCAGCCCCCACACAAGAUGUCAGAGGAUUUAGCAAAGCAGCUGGCAAGCUACAAAGCUCAACUCCAGCAAGUUGAAGCUGCAUUAUCUGGAAAUGGAGAAAAUGAAGAUUUGUUAAAAUUGAAGAAAGAUUUACAAUGGCUCUCUACAUCCCCGAAACGCCUUCCUUCAGUAAGCAGAGUGCUUGAGUGCACCCCCUUUGACCUGCUGAUAUGUAGAUCACAACACCUGAUGCUUCCUGGAAUUGCCGAUUACUGUAACUGCUGCCCAUCUGUCGAUGAAGGAGCAGUUUCAGAACUCAGACUUGAGGGAGGAAAAGUAAUUAAUGGAAGUUAUAGAACUAACCAAAGACCUUCUGUCAACUCAACCUUCUGAGACGCUUGCAAGUUCAGACAGUUUUGCUUCUACUCAGCCUACUCAUUCAUGGAAAGUAGGAGACAAGUGUAUGGCAAUCUGGAGUGAAGAUGGACAGUGUUAUGAAGCGGAGAUUGAGGAGAUAGAUGAAGAAAAUGGCACCGCUGCAAUCACCUUUGCUGGUUAUGGCAAUGCUGAAGUGACUCCACUGUUGAACCUCAAGCCUGUAGAAGAAGGAAGGAAGGCAAAGGAGGACAGUGGCAACAAACCCAUGUCAAAAAAAGAAAUGAUUGCUCAGCAGCGUGAAUAUAAAAAGAAGAAAGCUUUGAAAAAAGCUCAGAGAAUAAAAGAACUUGAACAGGAAAGAGAGGACCAGAAAGUGAAAUGGCAACAAUUCAACAACAGAGCCUAUUCUAAAAACAAAAAAGGCCAGGUAAAGAGGAGUAUUUUUGCUUCACCUGAGAGUGUGACUGGCAAAGUUGGAGUAGGAACUUGUGGAAUUGCUGAUAAACCUAUGACACAAUAUCAAGAUACCUCUAAAUACAAUGUCAGGCAUUUGAUGCCUCAAUAAUCAGAAAAACUGUUGGAUUUCAUCUCUUCAGGGCUUUACAUUUACCUUUUUAUCCUUAUAUUUUUCUAAAGGUAAAUUAUUUGUUAGAUGAGUAAGCAAGAUACCAUUGUCGUCAUUGGUUGACUUCAGUAGAAUGAAACGUGAAGAAAUUGCAAUUGAUAACCGGUAUUCAUUUAACUUUUCUUCUUACUACUACCACAGUUCCCUCAAAGUUUGUUGAAUAAAGCAACUUUUGUAGAUGCUGCUUCGUACAGCACUUAGAUGAACUGUUGAUCGUCCUAAUAUCAGGCCCCCACUUAACCUAUGGUAUGUACUUUUUGUAAGUUGUAACUUGGAGUUUUCAGAUGCUUUGAACUUGACACAUACUCUAGCAAUUCAUUGGAACACCAAGGCAAAAAACACGAACCUGCUAAAGAGAUCCUUUCAUUUUUCUUAUUUUUAAUUUUAAAACUUAGCUGUCGUUCAGUUAAGCCUAAAUAUAGGUUAAUUUGUAAAUGGCAAAGUUUGUUUUGAGGUUUUUCCUCAGUUGUUUCCUAGGCCUAUUGGGCCAUCUCUAAAAUUGAUCUAGCUCUUUUAUUUUUAUGUACUCUUAGUUUUAUGUAAGAAACCAUGUUUAGGAUGAGCUCCCUUUUCUAAGGUGUUUUUGGUUUUUGUAUGUUUGCUUUUUUCCUUUUUUUUUUUUUUUUUCCCAUUUUCGGCAGUGGUACCAUGUUUUGGAUGUGUAAUGUUUAUAUGGGAGAACAAAAAGCUGAUGUAUAGCCCUGUAUACAGUGUAGAUACUAUUUUUGUAAAAACACAAGGCUAAAUUAAUGAGCAAGAGUACUGAAUGUUUCAUCAUUAAAUAUUUCUCAUAUUUCUUGUGCAUUAAUCUGACCAUAAUUUCCCUGUAUAUUAUGUUCAUUUAGCUGAGUUUGUAAUUUUGUUAAUUAGAUCAAGUUGUCUGCAUUUGUUGGUGUAAGUGAACAUCACAGUUAUCCUGAGUUGAGUUUAAGCCAAAUAUAUGCAUAGAAAAGGGUCUUCCUAUUAAUGGAAGAAGGUGAUUUUUAGGAUGUGUAUUAAUUUCAGUUUUGUAUGUUUAACUUUUAUUAAAUAAAGUGUUUUUAAAAUCUCUA